AUGAAGGUCUUGAGGGGGAGGUACAACGGCUUGGCAGAACUUUUUCGUUUAAGCUCUGGUUUUGGAUGGGACCCUGAAACAAAAAAAUUCACUGCUAGAGAUGAAGUAUGGGAUGACUUUUUGAAGGCUCAUUCCAAUAAAACUUAUCUAUGUGAUGAGUCAUAUGAAGAUUUCAGAGAUUUACACAUGAUAUUUUCAACAAAUGUUGCAACUGGUAAAAAUGCUAUGGGAUUAGGUGAUGUUGUAGCUGAAGAUCCAUAUCAAGUUGGAGACAAUGAAGGGAUAAAUGAUUCAACUCGUGUUCAAAUAGAGGAUGAUUUAGAGGAAACAACAUACGAAGAUACUUCUGUUCAUGAAGUUUUUGCUUCAUUAGAGAAAAGAAGAGAGGAAAAGCUAUCCCAUAGAAAGAAAGCUAGAACUGUUGCGCUUAAUUCGACCAAGGAUUCUGAUGAAGUGAACACAAUGACAUAA